GAAGCGCGACUUUCUGUCCAGACGUGAACUGCAGCGGCGGUGCACUGAUUUGUGAGCCGAUCUGCGAACCGGGCGUCCGGCUGGAGAGUCCCGAUGAUGGCGAGUGCGGGGAGAGGAGGCUCGCAGAGACCGGGAAAGAAGGAAGCGAGAGGCGGGACGUCUGGAGAAAAUAAACCGUCCGGUGCGUAUAAGGUCUUCCCUUCUGUCUGGGAGGAGCAGCCCAGAAGUUCAACAAUCAAAGGAGACGAAAUCCAAGCCCUUGAAAUCCAAGCCAAGGACUUAGAAGAGCUUCAUGCACCCCGUCCUCCAAAGGAAAACCAGAAACCUGCUGGGGUCACCAGAUUCGUCGUUCGCAAAAGCAAACCCAAAGAGGAGAAGAGGACCGUGCACCUGACGGUGGCGAGGCCCGCACCGGAGGAUGCUGCAGUUCAGACUCUGGACUACACAGGCGCCUGUGGUGUUCGCUUCGAUUCACAAGGAAGGCUCUUAGUGCACAGCUUCCUGGGGACAGUAGAAGACCUGAGGAAGGAGGCAGCGAGGAGAGGCGACACAGAGUUACUGCAGAUGAUCCCAAGGCCUACGGAUCCAAUGCUCGACCCACUGGAUUUGAUCGACGUAGCGCCAGAAAUCCCAGCCUGUGACGGCUGUCAUGGAGAGCCCGCCGGCCAGACCCUCGCGUUGGACAACUGGCAGCAGCACAUGGCCGAGCGGAGGAAGCAACAAGAUCACAUGUCGAGGGUCCUUCGGAAGCCCACCACAGAGCUGAUUAUGAACAAGUCAGAAAACUACCGAUGGAUUCAAGAAGAGAGGCACCUUAUUGACCGCAGCCUUCCCAGAAUGCUCAACGGCAAAGGCUAUCGAGUUGGAAGUGAGUUCUGGAACCAGCCGCAGCAAAUGGGAGACGAGCUGUGUGGCAUCACCAUGACGCUCACCCAGACCGAGCAGGGCUAUCCUGAGCCACUUACCCGCAUUGGGCAGCCUUCGUGCGUCCGCUCUGAGACAGGUAGCGUUUCUCCAAGCCAUCAUCACACCUGGGAAAAGAGCUCAUACCUGCAGCAGCGCCGCGAGGACCUGAAGUCCAUUCUGAAGGAUCUCGACAUCAGUCAGCCGGACUUUGAUGGCCUUGAAGUUCUGGGCUCAGGAUUUCCGUUUACGUCCGUAUAUGUGGAGCACUACCCACUUACUGAGGAGAUGGAAGAUGAAAGUGAGAAGGAAAACACAGACCCCCUUCAGGACUACCCCGAUGUAAUGACGGAGCCCAUCUUUGGCCCGUCUCUCUUGAUUGGUGGGAAGCGAGCGCAGUGGACCGGUAACGCCUCCUCCCAUGAGGGAGAGGUUGGCAUUACCGCUCGACUCACGUUUGAAGCUUUAGCGGAAAUGCCAGCCACGUCGUCGCUGGACGUCACCAACAAUGGCAGUGCGUCGGUGUAUUUCAACUGGAAACGUCUACCUCACGUGGUGAGCUUUGAAGAUGUCCAGGGCGGCCAGAAGACUCAAAGGUUUUACUUCGACACGAGCGCAGGUGUGAUCCUGCCUGGAGACAAGCAGCAGUUCCUCUUCACCUUUAAAUCUCCCAAUGCUGGCAUCUUCAGUGAGACGUGGGAGCUCUCGACUCAUCCGACUUUGCUUGGCGGCGCGGGCAUACAAGUGACUUUAAGGGGAAUUGCGCUGCACGAUGAUAGAACAGCUGAAAUGAGGCAAACCAUUCAGCAAGAGUUAGAAACCAAGGAAACUCAGAAGAUCGUGGGGAAUAUUUUAGAUGGUAUAUUAGAUGGGGUCCGGACACCAGAACGCCCUUCUACACCUGCAGACGCCUACCUGACUGAGGAAGACAUUUUUCAUCAACAAAACCCAGAGCUUCACUUUGUACAUUCGGCCGUGGAGGGUCUUAAAAACCUGUGGAAUCGAUGGCUGCAGCCGGCAGAGUGGGACCUGAACGCCCGGAACUUUAGAGAGGUGGUCCUCUCUGCAAAACUGGAAGGCCAGGCCUGGCAAGAGGAAGCCCUCACUGAGGUGAACAGGCUGGUUUUGGAGAUGAGCAGACCCCCCUACAGGCCGCGUGCUGACCUCCUACACCACGUAGGACUUCAGCUGUGGCGAGGAACAAUCGAUGGCAUGGACACUCAGGCGGCAUCGCUAAGGCACCUGCUGGGCAUCACUGAAGGUGACACCUGGGCCCUCGAUCUGCAGGAUGACAUUUCAGACAACCCACGAGGUACAAAGCUGAAGAAGGGAAGCACUCAGAAGGAGGACAAGAAGGGAGCAGGGAUGAAAGAAAAGGAGGAAAAGAAGCCGGCAGGCAAACCAGGAUCCAAAGAGCGUCAGCUGGAGGAGCGGCCACCCAGCAAAAAGGGGAAGUUGAAGGAGGAGAAGAAAGCCAUCAGGGGACCGAUGGCAGUUGGCAAAGAAGCAACAUCGUCGAGUGACAGCUUUGACAGCGAGCGCUCUGAUGGAAGUCCGGUAGACCCAGUGCUGCAGGACACAUACCGCAGAGAGCUGCACAUUCGGGUUUAUGAACUGCUGGAGUCGAUGGUUGAGAACAUGAGCGACCUGUUUGAAGAGGUGAAGAGCAGCGAGCCCUCCAGUGGAAUUCUUAAGUGAGCCACAGGCUUGGCACCUGAAGACCACCCGCUGGCACUGUGCUCCUGAUUAGCUGUCAUGUUUUAUACUUUGAAACGUCAACACUGUCUUUUGAAAUGAUGUUAAUAUACAC